GAUUUACUUCCUCUCAGUCAAUUCGGGCCGCAUGCGAAACCUCGACUCAUGCUGGCGGAGAGCGCUCCUCUUGAGGCACACACAGCUGACCUUCCUAGCAGCUAUGGACAUCCCGCGUGGGUCGUCGUCGUUGGCUGGGUCGCCAUCGUUUGGUACCUUGUAGUAACGCUGGUUUGCUGGCUAGGAAACUUUCAACUGCAACGGCACUACUCGAAACCCCCACAUAAAGCUAUUUCAACCACCACACUCCCUCACUCCAAGAUUCCUCAUGUCACAGUCAUCCGGCCCGUCAAGGGGCUCGAGCCCUUCCUUUACGAUUGCUUGGCUGCCAGCAUCCGUCAAGAUUACCCUCGUGACAAGCUCACCGUCUAUUUUUGCGUGACGUCGACCCAGGACCCAGCCUAUCCCGUCCUCGAGAGAAUCCUUCAGGACUUUCCUGAUGCCGAUGCCCGUGUGUUUGUUGAGCCUCCUUACAAUGACAACCAACUUGGUCCAAACCCCAAAAUCAGGAAUAUGAGCCAGGCUUAUAGGGAAGCCAAAGGGGACAUCGUUUGGAUCACGGAUUGUAAUGUGUGGCUCUCCAAGGGGGUCUGCGGCAGAAUGGUGGACCGGCUCUGCGGCUUCGACCAAAAGAAGAAUGGUGGCAGGCGGUUCAAAUUCGUCCACCAUCUGCCGAUAGUCGUCGAUGUCCCAGACCGCGGGAAUGCCGGGACUUCCUCCCAGUUCGCGAUGCUCAACUAUGGAACGCUAAAGAAUGUAGACACUCAGGACAGAGCAUGCUCAAAGAUUACAUCUGUGCUCUCUCGUGGUGGAGGGCGUCUGGAAGAAAUUUUCCUCUCUUCGUCACACGCGAAAAUGUAUUCGGCCAUUAACACCGUGCUCAUUGCUCCCUGCAUCAUUGGCAAAUCAUCCAUGUUUCGACGUUCUCAUCUAAACUAUCUUACGACGACACCUCCCACUAACUCGAAACGACCGAAGCGGAGGCCUGGAAUUGACUACUUCUCUGAUAAUAUUUGUGAGGACCACCUUAUUGGCGACCGCCUGUGGAAAGGAAAGAUCUUUGAGGAGGCGGAGCACAACGAAGAUUGGGGAAAGCAUAGCCUGAUGUUUGGGGACCUUGCCAUUCAGCCCAUGAGUGGUAUGAGCGUUGGUUCCUAUAUCGACCGUCGUGUGAGAUGGCUUCGCGUUCGUAAAUUUACUGUUCUACUAGCGACUCUUGUUGAACCUGGGACGGAAUCAUUCCUGUGUUCCGCAUAUCUUGCUUUCGGCCUUACUACUUCUGUGCCCUGCCUGCUUCCACAGUACCGUUCUUAUCUAGCCAAUUGGUCCGCAUUUUGCCUUAUCUGGGUCGCUAGUGUUCUGGUAUGGAUGCUUGUUGAUUGGAGUGUCUAUCUAAAGCUUCACUCGGGAGCCACCAUUGAGGCCGACGAAUUUACUCCGCCCUUUGCACGUCCACUGCGGAAAUCGUCAAUCGCCCGCCGGCACUUCAGGGAGUGGCUUUUCGCCUGGCUCGGUAGAGAAGCUCUGGCGUUACCAAUCUGGAUCUGGAGCUUCUACGGAGGGACCACUGUCGUGUGGAGAGACAAAGUAUUCAGAGUCGGCAUGGACAUGGUGGCAUACGAAAUCGCGCAACUUUCUGGAGGCAACAAGAUCAUCCAAACGAGAUCGCGAGCAACAAGUCGACAAGGACAUGAAGGAUGCGGCGACGGGAGUUCUAACGUGCGUCGACGAACUCCCAAUGGAAGCUUUGUAAGCUCGGGUCUGGCUACCGCUCGUGUUAUAGAAAGUGAAAUUGGAAAGUCUUGAUACUCUACAGGUCAUUUCCCCUGGUUUAUCUGAUGUAUAUAGUCAGCAUGUUUCUCGUUUUCUCUUCCCUUCCCACAUCACGAUCUGCCUCUGCCUUAAUUUUGGGUUUUUGGGCUUUCCUGACUUUUGGAGAUACCCCAUGGUAUUUGCGAUAGGAUCCCUUUUUUUUUGCGAGAGUUCUUCGCUUCUUGAUGAUGGUUACGAUAUAUCGA